CACCUUCUCUUCUUCCUCUAUUUGCUUUUCUCCGUCGCUGAGUGCCCAGCCUCUCGAGCUCCCAAUCUUAAGUUGAGGAUUGAGCUUAGGGCAAGAUGGUGAGAAUCAGUGUUCUUAACGAUGCUCUCAAGAGCAUGUACAAUGCUGAGAAACGAGGCAAGAGGCAGGUCAUGAUCAGGCCGUCCUCAAAAGUGAUUAUCAAGUUUCUAAUUGUCAUGCAGAAGCACGGUUACAUCGGUGAGUUUGAGUAUGUCGAUGACCACAGAUCUGGCAAGAUCGUUGUUGAAUUAAACGGAAGGUUGAACAAGUGUGGUGUUAUCAGCCCACGUUUUGAUGUUGGUGUCAAGGAGAUUGAAGGCUGGACUGCCCGUUUGCUCCCUUCUAGACAGUUUGGGUACAUCGUGCUGACUACAUCUGCUGGCAUUAUGGACCAUGAAGAAGCCAGAAGGAAGAAUGUAGGAGGCAAGGUUCUCGGCUUCUUCUAUUGAAGUUUUAUUUAUGGGGAAAGAGAUUUUCAUUGAGUUAUUUUUAACUUUUGUCCUCCAUUUUCUCUGAAACUACCUUCGUCUUUCUUUCGAAUUUUGUGAUAACUUUGAUGGAUAGUUUUUAAAUUACUCUUUUUGGUUUGGAGCCCUUAAAGAUUGAUUUGAACUUAUGAUACACUCGUUAUCUUGAGUUAUUUCAAGAGUCUCUUACCUUCUCUCCUCACCGGUAACAAAUCUCUAAGAUGCGA